AUGAGCAGUAGCCAGAUAUCGGCCAGCUGGAAUCUCCAGCAAUCAUCAGAGUCGAUUUUAUCCUUCGCCCAAGGUAUGUUGACAGCAGCAACCAGCGACAAUAUCCAGCCUCUCGCCAUUCUGGUCGCCGAAGCAUUUGGAAAUACUCUAGCAAUAUGUCAACAAACACAAAUGCUGGUAGAGAAGGAAGCGAGCAAGCGGCAUGUCUCACAUGUUGUCAAAUUUCUCCAUGCUAAAAUCGGUUAUGCGGCAAACGAUUCAGCCUCUCAGCUGUCCUUAACAAGUGCAGGCGUAAGAUUUAUGAGCCUCGUAGCAGCAGUUCUUUGCACAGAGGACACCCUCGUGGCAGCCCGGGCGAUCGAGAUGAUGAUUAAUGCUACAUCGAGAAGCGACCAGCUUAUGCCGACAGUCUUCCAAAUUCGAGAUCUUAUGAAUGCUCUGGAGUACAAGCUCAGGAGACUACAGUUCGCCGAAAGUGUUGCUGGCUGGGGGAAUUACAUAUCAACACACUCGACAUGGCCAAAAAAAUCAGCUAGCUUUUUGAGUCAACUUCAGCACCCCACCCCCGAGGGUUUGACAGCUAUAGUCGACGCAUUUCGAGCUAUGGAGAGAGUUGGUGAAGCCUCUCAUAUAGUUAUCAAGAGUCCCAUGUAUCACGCAUGGAUUAUUGCCUUUACGAAAUGGUGCCUUGGAUAUCCUCCACACGUAAUUGCCGAGGAUGGCGGUGUCUUGGUCGCACAAUACCCCAGUAAGGUCACCAUGAUGGUCCAAGAAUCCGAUUCAUGCAUCGCCAUAGAAGUCUUCCGAGAGCUGCUGAGUCCUUCUGUGUUGUGGUCCAGCUCGUUGAAUUUGUCGGGUCAACAACAUCUUUGGAACGGCCUUAUUUCAGUGAAAGCUUACGGUGCUCGACGUUCAAGAUCUUAUGGCCUUCACGCCGAGUUAGGACACGCUGCCUUGGUGCAGGCCUUACUAUAUUCCACCAAAAUUGCAACGAAAAAUGUCAUCAUUGGGAGAGAUCUGAGACACCAAACUCCCGAUGAGUACAAGCAGUUCGAUGCAGCCCUUUGGCCCUCAGAUUUGGAUAUCCUUUCCACAAUAGCCACAUUUUGCGGCCUAGAAGAACCACCCUCCGAAUUUCCCAGAGAUCUAUCUGUCCCUCUAUUUUCCUUGCCUGCUGUUUCCGCCUUCGAGGGCUGGCUUUUGAAGGAGUGCGACGAUCCGGUAUGCUCCCAACAUAAUCCCCCCAAGAUGCAUCCAGAACAUGCCAAGUAUGAAAAAGUCAUCAACUUUCGCGACGCAAUUGUCGCUAUGACAAUAGACAUCCUUGCUAUUGCGCUCUUUGACUUUGGUGAAGAAGAGGUUCGUGUUUUGGCAUGGCCGAGGCUGCGUUCUCAGAACUCCUUCUCCUCCGCAGUUGCCUCUAUUAUAUACAAUCGAAACGAUCUCGAGAGACCUGUGGAGUCAGAAACAAAGCUAGAAGCCCAAGAUGUGUUUGAUAGGGCUCUUCAACUUGUCGGUCACAAAAUCCUUCCUAGGACCACGUAUCGCGGGAAGAACUUCCAUUAUCCCUACUCUGUCACAGAGGUCAAGUAUCAGCAAGAUUGGGUAGCAUCAGGCGACAUGGGCCAGGUUGUCUACCCAGCGAAAUUCGACUCAUGGAAUGACCCCGUCGAUAGUCUACCACUCCUCAAAUUGAUUGUUGGCCCGGGUUCUAUCCUAUACAGAGGUCGUAGGUAUCAGCUUGUCAAAAGUGAGACGUCACGUUCAUACACGACAGUUACUAGUCAUCAUAGUACCCUCUGUCAAACUCCAGUGAACCUUGUACCUUGCGCCAAGCUGGGAUGGCAAGUCAAGGAAGAAGAUGGGUAUCUAUCACUGCAUAUGGGAUUAUCCCGUUCUUUUACCGUUUUCAGUCCGAUGCGAGCACUGGAGACGGCAUGUGCCUCGCUUUUCAUCUCGUCUUGCGCGCAUAUGGCGGAGAGUCCUUUACCAGACCAGCAACCAUACCGUGAAGCUAAAUUCGUCACGCCAUACUACAAUGGAUCCAUGGUUAAUCCUCAUGCCCGUGGAGAGCCUCGUCCUUUCGCUUGGAUCGUGGCAGUGGCCGGAGACGAGAGCCUACGAUUUUUUGCUCUGGCUGCUGGGGAGCCCGCUGUGGUUAGGGGCUCGGCCUGUUUGAAAUGUUGUGUGGACCUAUAUCUGAGGAAUACGGACCGCUGUACUCAUAUCAUCUGCUGA